AUGAAAGAGAGCCUCCAUGACGGGGGCGUCGCACCCGGCAACUCGGCACAACAGUUCACUUAUGCAAUCGACACACCCGGUGACAUACCAAGCAACCACAACAACCUCAACAACAUCAACAACAUCAUCAACAACAACAACAACAACAACAACAACAACCAUUACUCCGAUAACGCCGAGGUCAGCCGGUUUCGCGGUCAGACGGUGAGAAACUCGUGUCAACGCGCCAGCAUGUACACACAAGAGACUGGAGGGCACGGAUUCUCGCUCAGCGACCAGGUGAGAUGCGACCUCUCCGGCUUGACGGGUCCGCAACCGUUGACGCCGCCGCAGUUUUCACCGCUCCCCGCAGCUCAGCUGCCUUCGCUGCGCCCGGCGCCGGUCAACGAGCCGAGAGAGGGUCGCCGGGAUCCCCCGGGACACGGGGCCGCGGCGACAUUGGCCAGACGUCUGUUGGCCGGUCGUCAUGUUCACGCGAUGGCUGACGGACCCGCCGACCAAGUGCCGCUGGACGCCGGCCCGACGGCCGACUCCCUCACCGGCCUCAAGACCUGGCAACUGUUGGCCGGUGAGUUGAACCAGCCGAGGCCGGAGCCGACGACCGUCGGCAAGACGGCCUUCCACGCCAGACAGCAGAUGCGACUCUCGCAACCGCUGCCAUCACCGCCACCGCCACCGCCGCCACCACCACCGCCGCCGCCGCCACCGCCACCGCCGCCGACGCUUCCGUUGCAGACGUCGACGUCGACGCUGAGGAUGGCGACACCAUCGGCGACGGCGACGCUGCUGACGAGACCACAAUUGGCUGGCCUCACGCGCAGCGGAGCCUCGACGAGCGCCAUUCCUCUGACCAGCUACCGACAAGUGAUGAGCCAAGUGGACGACGAGGCCGGCUACACGCUGCCUCCAGCCCACAAUGUUGCGGGUGAGGCAGACAAUGGACUCACUAGCGGAGCCUCCUCCCUUCAGGCACCACCGCCUCCACCCCCUCCUUUUCCGGCACAAUUUGCUCUACCGCCCGAACCAACCGGUAUCCAUGGCCCGGCCUAUAAUUCGGGUAUAGCCAAGCUGGCCGGAAACACAUACAUCAUGGACCAGCAGGCCUAUCUGCCGGAAGAGUCAGCCUCACAUGUGCGAGUGAUUGGCGAGGCGGGUCGUCUACGCGACGCAGGCACCGGCGGAGGAGCUGUUUAUAUGGGCCCAGUACAGGCAAUGAGACAAUCUACUGGUCGUCCGAGGUCCGAAGAAGGAGCCCGAGACUCAGGACUACUUUUUCAGGACAGUAAGUAG